AGAAACCUUAAGAAGGGGUUUAGCUUCGUUUUUAGCUUUAAUCUUUUGAAACACUGUGGAAAAGUGUACAUAUGAAGGAGUGGAGGAGCAGCUCGUGCUGAGGAGGAACACAGUGAUAUUAAGUGAAGUAUGAAAUGAGGCGUAAAGGAGGCGGCACCGUGACACACACAUACACACACGCGCACACACACACACACACACGCACGCACACACACACACACACACACACACACACUUGAGCAGAGAGAGAGAGAGCAGUUCUGAAGAUGUGGGUUGCUGCUGCUUCUGCUGCUGCAGAGGAGGAAGCCUGACUGACUCUCUCUCAGUGUUGUUUUGUUCCUCGACGGCAGCAGCAACAUGUCAGAGCGCGGCGGACUCCAGCGCUCGGGUCUCCCGUCCCCCCACCUGCAGCCCUCCCGCUCGGUCAGCAUGUCCUCCAGCCGCCCGGUUCAGAUGAACCUGUUCGCGACCUGGGAAAUCGACCGUUCCUCCCCGAGCUGUGUGCCGAGACUCCUCAGUUUGACUCUUAAAAAACUGGUGAUGUUGAAAGAGCUUGACCGGGACCUAACAUCUGUGGUUAUUGCUGUCAAACUUCAGGGCUCAAAACGCAUUCUGCGCUCGAAUGAAAUCCUACUGCCAUCUCCUGGACUCACAGAGACCGACCUGCAGCUCACAUUCUCCCUGCAGUAUCCACACUUUUUGAAGAGAGAUGCCAACAGGCUACAGAUCAUGCUGCAGCGAAGGAAGAGGUACAAGAACCGCACAAUCUUGGGCUACAAGACACUAGCACUGGGCCUGAUUAACAUGGCAGAGGUGAUGCAGCAUCCUACUGAAGGCGCACAAGUUUUGGGUUUGCACACUACAAUCAAGGACAUGGCGGUGACUGUGGCUGAGAUCAGGGUCUAUUCUUUGUCCAGUCAGCCUAUAGACCCAGAGGGUCCAAAGACCAAAAUGUCUGAUCGCUCCCCUGACAUUGAUAACUACUCUGAGGAGGAGGAAGAGAGCUACUCGUCAGAGCAGGAUGGCAGUGAUGACCCCCUCCAUGGACAGUACCUCUACGAUGAUGAAGAUGAAGUGAGGAAAAAGAAGCCCCGUCGUAAACUCACAUCCGCAGCCUCCAUUACCAGAGCUAAUCAGCCCAACAUCAAGCAAAAAUUUGUGGCACUGCUGAAAAGAUUCAAGGUUUCCGAUGAGGUGGGGUUCGGCCUGGACCACGUAUCUCAGGAGCAGAUCCGCGACGUGGAGGAGGACCUGGACGAGCUGUACGACAGUCUUGAGAUGUACAACCCCAGUGACAGUGGACCAGACAUGGAGGAAACUGAGAGCAUCCUCAGCACGCCAAAGCCCAAACUCCCGCCGUUCUUCGAGGGCAUGUCUCAGUCCAGCUCUCAGACUGAGUUUGGCAGUCUGAACAGCAGAUACAGUCUAGGCAAAGAUACACUGAGUCCUCAAGGGGAUCGCACUGUGUCUGCGGGUAAAAUGCAGCGCUCCAGCAGCGCACACCUGGACGAUGCGUUCUCUGAGAAUGAUACUCUGGAGCUGAAUGAGGUGGAGGUGGUGAGUGAAGGAACACCCAGUAUUACUGUGUCUGUGGCGGAGAGACCACGAACCCCCCAGAGAAGCAGCAGCCAGAACAUGCCGUCCCCAAGACUAGAUGGUGGCCACACUCCGAAGCACAAGCGAGGGACUCCGAUGAGAGAGAGGCAGCUGUCCAAACCUCCCAGCGAGCGCACCAACAGUUCAGACAGCGAGCGUUCCCCUGAACUCAGCCUAACUCCACAGAUGCCGAGGAAGAUAGUGUAUGACCAGCUCAACCAGAUUUUGGUCUCCGACACGAGCCUGCCUGACAACCUCAUCCUCGUUAAUGGCAGCGACUGGCAAGGACAGUAUGUGACUGAGCUCCUGCAGACACAGAAGCAGCCGGUGGUGUGUACCUGCUCAGGAUCAGAGAUUCAAGCUGUGCUCUCGGCUCUGCUCACUCGGAUUCAGAAAUUCUGUAACUGUAACGCAGUCAUGCCCAAACCAGUGAAGGUGGUUGCUGUUGGAGGGCAAAGCUAUUUGGGAGCCAUCUUGCGCUUUUUUGUCUCACAACUGGCCAACAAGAUGUCUGACUGGCUGAGCCACAUGAGGUUUCUGGUGGUUCCACUGGGUUCUCACCCUGUGGCCAAGUACCUGGGCUCCUUGGAUAAUCGCUACAGUUCAUCUUUUCUCGACAGUUCUUGGCGGGAAUUCUUCAGUCGGUCAGAGCCCCCUCAGCCUGGCUUGUCGUCUGCAGACAUGGACGUGAUCGGACGUAUCUGUCAAUACAUCAAUGGAGCCUCAAUUACCCACCAGCUGCCUAUUGCUGAGGCCAUGCUGACCUGCAAGCAGAGAAUGCAAGAUGAUGAUUCCUGCCAAAAUUUUGUCCCCUUUGUGGGUGUAGUUAAAGUUGGAUUGAUUGAGCCCACCCUUGGAUCUACAGGUGGAGACUGUGAGGAAGGAGUGGCUUUGAGUCUGAUAGUUCCCUCAACAUCUCCCCCUGCUCAUGCACUGUCCACUGGGAUGAUGAAAGAUGCCGUUACCCCACCCCCUUCACCGUCCCUCAGUGGUGGCUUGGCUGUUCUUGGGAGUCCCAUCAUGUCUCAUGGAGUGGAUGCCAUAGGGCUACAGGUUGAUUACUGGGUGAUUGAAAAGCGUAAGGAUGGCGAGAGGAGGGACAAUAAGAACACUCUAAAGAGCGCGUUCAGAUCACUGCAGGUCAGCCGACUGCCUAGCUCAACCCAAGGAGACCUCCAACCCAACUCCUGCACCAUGGCUAUGACUGUGGUCACCAAGGAAAAGAACAAGAAAGUCCCGACUAUCUUUCUAGGGAAGAAGCCAAAGGAGAGAGACACGGAGUCAAAGAGCCAGGUGAUUGAGGGCAUCACCAGACUCAUCUGCUCUGCUAAACACCAGCAAACGAGCAUACGAGUGUCUGUGGAUGGAAUGGAGUGGAACGAUGUGAAGUUUUUCCAGCUGGCAUCUCAAUGGCCCACUCAUGUGAAGUAUCUCCCAGUGGGUCUAUUUGGCUACACUAAAACAGCCUCCUAGUUAAAAAAAAAAAGAAAAAGAUGAGAGCUGACAUUUCCAAACUCUGCCAUUUGGCUAAGUUAAAGGAUUUGGCUAAGUUAAAGGAAAGCAGUUAUUUAUUUGUUCAAGGCUAGAAGAAAACCUGAAGGUGUUAUUAAGGGCUUUAUUGAGGUGAAGACCCAAUAGUAAUUGCCUUUGUUACACACUUCUUCUUCCUGGGGCCAGAGACAGAGAUGUGUUAUUAGAUAUGUGAUAUUUGUGUACCAUUUUAUUCUGCUGUGCAGUUGAUUAAUGCAAUAACAUCCAAAUAUUGUAUUCUGGUGGUGGAAUAAUUUGGUUGAUGUGCUGUUCACCUGAUUCAGUGACCGUGCUGUGCAGUUUUGGUUACUUUAUAUCAGAGCAUAGUUGGAUAAAAUUAAUUUCUGUGUAUAUUAUGCAGUAUCAUUUUGCAAUAUCAUUAAUAUAUAUAUGAGGCUUAAGCUUCUCAGAUAUUUUGUAAAAAAAUAAAGGUCUAUUAGAUAUUUUAUGACUAUACAAAUACUAUAGUAUUAUAUAUUGAAAACAAGCCAAAAAAAUCUACUUUCUCACAUACAGAGUAUUUAAAAGAUUAUCUUUCCCUUAUUAUGAGCUGUGUGUGAGUGUGUGAGUGGAAAAGGAGCAAGAGAAGUGAGGGGUAGAUGCUGAAUGUGUACAAUGUGCAUGUACCUGGUGGUCUUUUUGCACGAUUGGUCGUGGCUGCUGUUUGGCAGCUUGACUGUUCUUCCAUGCUACUGUGGUCUUAAUAUUGAUGUUGUUUGUACAGUAAAACUAGCUAUAAUUAAAAUUUCAUUUUAAAUGUAAUUGUAAGGUCAUCAGUCUCUACCUCCCCAUCACAUUGCUAAGUGUGAUGAUCCAAGAUGGUCAAUCCAUGUAAUCAACACAAAGCCUACAAAACCAUUACAUGAUUACAUUCCAAGUGUCCUAACGAGUUUUUCUUUUUUCCAAUCAAGAAUUGUGUAAUGUACCAUUACUGCCUUUGACAUAUAUUAAUUGUUGUAUGCAAACAUGUAAUUUGCAUGCUGAAAUGUUGUAAUAUUCUGGUAUCAGAGUUGAUAUAAGUCAGAGUUUUAUUAAAUUAUAUCACAUUUAGACACUUUGUUAAGUUAUGUGCACAACAGACAAUAAAUGCUUCCUAAUUGGG